UUCAGUUCCAAACAGAGUGAGCUAAGUUUGUCCGCGCAGGCUUCCCAUAAAAUGUCUGGUGUGACGGCUUUGUUUUAUUGAUGAACUACAAAGAUAGUUGGGUCCGAUGUGAAUAGAGAGGGCAGAAAUACGCUUUACACCGGAGAAAGUUUCGGGUAACAGAUAGUGUCGACGCUAUUUAAAAGUUAGUAGCCUACUUGUUGAAUUCGGUUUUGUUUGUGCUAAGACUACACACGGGGUUUAGGAGCGUGUGCCUCGGAUGCAGUGGCCAGCCCUGAGGGCAAAUGAGGCUGUGACUGGCCUCCUGCAGCCAUGACGGAGCUGGAGAUUGAUAAGUCCCAUCUGCCGGGGGUCCAGGAUGUGUGCCAUGUGUUUGCUGUCCUGGAGGAUGGAGCAUUGGCACACAACCUCCAGGAGCAGGAAAUUGAGCAAUACUAUACCACCAACAUCCAGAAGAACCAGCUGGUACAGAAUGACAUCCGCAUUGCCAAGAGGCUACAGGAUGAGGAGGAGGAACAGAGCGCUCAACACAGAGCCAUUCUGAGCCAGGCGUCUAGACGACUUGAGGAGCAGGAUUCUGAGUACGCCCGAAUGAUCCAGGAGGAGCUCCAGAGACGUGCAGACGAGGAGGCUCGGAGAAGGGAGCGUGAGGACCAGGAAAUAGCUAAACGCAUCCAGGAAGAGGAGAAGGAGAGGGUGAGACUGAGGAGCAGUGUUCAGGAGAGCAUCAGUGCUGACAGUGCCAGCAUCCCUUCCUCGCCCACGCCAUGCCCACGCCAGCCUGUUCUCAGCCCCCGCCUCAGAGAAGGGCUGCAACAUCUGCCUGCUACCAGCAGGUGGCAAUAUUUCACCUCUAACACACAUUCACAGUCAGACUCUACUGCUGAACCUCUGUCAGGGACCCACAGGACAGCGGGCCAGAAUAACAGAAGUCUGUCAUCACAAAAUAGACAUUCUGCUCCGCCUAGACUGAGAAAUGACCUCCUGUGUCCUCCAUCUGACGCUUUGAGCGAUGAAGACACAGACACGGUUUUCCUUGAACACCCCCCCCUGUGCUGGCCUUCCAGACCGGCGGAAGGGUUCAGCAUGGCCCCCAGUGCACGGCUUAGCAUGGCACCGGCGCACCAGCCACAGGGUAGGAGCUACAGGAGCCUCAGCAGUCACAUAAGCUUCAGAGAGGAGCACCACCGGCUUGGGGUGGGGAUCAGAGGGGAGAAGGACGAAAGGCACUGGAGUCGGCAGGACAGCGGUCGGGGCGUUCAGGAGAACAGGAAUGAGAUCUGGGCCAGGAAUGCCAGGGUGGAGACGGAGGAUGUCCGGGGAAGUGACCGGGGCCUCAGGUCAGAGCAGGGCAGAGAACGGCGAUACAGCAGCGGAACUGGUGACUCAGCCACAGGGCUGCAGGAAAGGGACCAGGUCAGGAGGAGCUGGACCUACAGAGAGCCCAGUGACACCAAACAAGUCCGCUUCCAGGACGACACCGGCAGGCGCUGUCAUAGUUACCAUGGCGACCGCAGGCAGGCUGUGAAUGUGUGGCAGCUGAUUGCCCGGGACUUGAAAGGGAGGGGCAUGUCUGUGAGGCAGAUCUUCUAUGGGGGUUUGUUGUCACAGGGGUGGAAAGGCGAGCUUAAAGACGGCCAGCCGCGUAGCCCGGGGGGGGACGCCAUCGACCACAGAGACGCUCAACAUCAGAGGGCUUUUCAGAGGGCUGUCUCUACCAGGCGCAGUUACCAUGGAGAUGUCGGGGAAAGGAGGAGGGCCUCUCUGAGCCAAGCGUACAGUGGCGGCGGCUACAGGGGAGAGGGACAACAAAUCCAGGAGAACCUGUCCAUAGAGGAGGCUGCUGAGAAUGGGCAGGAUGUUGACCACAGGAGGGGGAGAGGUAGGGGUGAGCCUGGGUACAGCCUCCGCUCCGUUGGGCUCCGGGAAAGGGAGGGAAGCAGGAGCGACCGGUACCAUGCUAGUCAGAGCAGGGUGACGAGGAGCGCGAGUGAACGCAGGCGUGGGCGUAAGCAGCAGCAGGAGGAGCAGAGGAGCUCCGAGGAGGAGGAUAGGGAGGGGAGGGAGGAGAGAUCCCCGCCCCCACGGAGAGUCCCCCAGCGGAGCCAGAGCUUCUGUAGCAGAGAGCCCUCCAUCAGGGCCAGAUCCAGGCACACCCCCAGAGCAGAAGCCGCUCCCCAACCAGAAGAGGGGGCGUGUCUGAACCUGGGAGCGCUCCAGCAGGUUCUGCUGGAUGAGGAGUUAGCCAGGAGGUUGCAGGAGGAGGAGGAGGACAGGUUGCUGAGGAGGGGCUCUCCAGCCUGCCCCUCUCCAUUACAUGACACCUACACAGAGGGAGACUUCAGAGUCGCACAAGUGGCACAGGAUGAGGAAAUAGCCCGCUUCAUGCAGAAACAGGAAAUGAAGUCAAAACGCCGGUCAUGUGACCUUGAUUGUCCAGGGUCAUGGCGGGACAAGGAUUUGGCUGACCCCUACGACAGGAGAACUGCCAGAGAGAGACCGGUAGAGCCUUCUAGUUUACGAGAGAGACUGGACUCUGAAGGCCUUCAGUCACCUACUGAAGAGUGCUUUCCAGACUACCAGGACCUAAGCCCCACCUCUUCAACACCAUCACAGCAGCCCCAUAGAAACAUUGCAGAGGAACUGGACCCAACAUUCAAGGCGAGGAGGCGAGGCAAGGAGAGUGUCGGAGCGGGACCAACUAUCCCUGGUAGCUUAUCCUCCAGUCAGUCUCAUCCAGCCCCCCACUCAGGCUUACAUGAGUCUAUGGAAGAGCCCACAUUUGUCCCACCCACUAAGAGGCAGAGUGAAAAAUCAGGACAUGGCAAAUCCAAAGAGAAAAAGGAGAAUUGCAAACAUCAGUGAUGUCAUAUUUGGAGACACUAGUUCUGGCCGUAUCAGAAAAACCUGCUCUCCAUUCCAUCCCUCACUACUUUCUUUAGUCCCAAGAGGACACUCUCCACAAACCUUUAUAAUCAUUAUUAUUAUUAUUAAUAUUAUUGUUGUUAUUCUUACUUUGUUUUCCAAGCUAGCACUUUAACCAGACAAUUGAUUUGGUUUCUGUUGAAAUAACUCUUGUAAAUAAGAACCAUUUGGUGUUCAUAUAAACCCUGAAAUAUCAAAGGGAAAAAUUAUAACUUAUCUGCCAAUAAUCUCUUAUUUUGUGUGUUUAGAGUAAGUUACUAUAAAUCAGUAUGCUAUACUGAUAGAAUGUUUUCUUAUUUUCUAUUAGUAUGGGCACACAGCCAACCAUAUCUGACAGACUAUACGAUACCUCUGCAAUAUCUUUUUGUUUGCUGUUAUGACAUUUAUAUUCUGCUGUACUUUUCACUUCAGUAAUACAGUGUUUGCCCUGUAUGCUUAAUGUGCAUGGUAGAAUACUGAGUCAUCGGGAUCCUACCCUGGGAUUUCCACACUGUGCUGGUGCCGUCCUACACUAAACUCUACAUCUGAAAGGUUUACAGUAAGGCUUGUUAGUAAACACUGCUUUAUUGUAUAAUAUGAGAUUGUUUUACAAUUCACUUAAUGUUGGCCACUAUUUUAAGAGUUGUCAUUAAAAAUUAUUGGCAGAUUAUUUGAAAAAGACUAAAAUAGAAACUAAAGCAAUGACCUGUAUUGUAAUUCAAAGGAAUCAGUCCAAAUUCCCCCCCCAAUACAAUGCUCAAAACAAUUAAAGGGAACUCUAUGUAUUUAUGUAAGAAUACAGAGUUGAUUCUCUCAAAACAUGACAACCCCAAAUCUCAUGUUCGGAAAGUAUAUGGGCUCCGGAAUGGGAAAAUUUCUAUAUACAUAGUAUUUCUAGAUGAUCUCACCCGUUAUACAGUUUGGUGUUAAAAUUCCAGCUACCGAUAUGCUCAGUUUUCACCAAUGAACAAGCGCUAAUUUCCAGAGAGAACAGGCACAAAACAGGUUGUACAAAGUAACAGCCUACUCCCAAAUGUAUACUGACUUGAUGCUUGUUUCAAAUGCCAGUAAUAAAAAUGUAGUUGUAUUUUCA